UUUAAAUUUCUUAAGAGCAACAGAAAGGUUCGCUUCAAUCAGUUUUAAAAUACCAAAUAAAAACUUAAUUCAAUUCGGAUACAAUAAUGAAAACCCUCAUAUGUGUCUUCCUAUUGCUUCAAACUGUGAAUAUGAUACACUGCCAAGAUGCGUCAAAAUUAUACAGAUCGGAUAAGAACCGGGUUUACUACAUUGAACAUGAACAGUUUCAUGAUUGGUUCCAAGCCUUGACAGCAUGUGCCCGUAUGAAAAUGAAUCUGCUGACCCUGGAAACCAGAGAAAAAUCAGAUGAUGUCAAUUCGUUGGUUUUGAAGACGUUUGGUAAAAGUAUUCGCCUUUGGGUCGGCGCUUACGCUGUUGGACCCACACAUCAAUUUACUUGGAUUUCAAAUGGCAAUCCCUUUGUUUACUCAUUUUGGAAUCCCAAUCAGCCAGAUUUUGUUGGAAAACAAGAAUUUUGUGCCCACAUUGGUUGGGGUAAAGAAAUGCAGUGGAACGAUCAUCAGUGCUCGUAUAAAUGUGGCUUUGUUUGUGAAUACCCCAAUAAACAAUCGGAAUUGGGUGACUUGGAACGUAAUAGAAAAUAUUCUGGAUUGUCAUUUCAAAUAAAUAAUCUUCAUUGAACAUAA